GUCGCUGUACCCGGAACUGUUUCCAAGGUUUCCCUAGGUUCGGGUUGUGGCGCGGUGACAGGUCCUCCGGGAGCUGAGGCAACCAGUAUCUUCCCAGGCUAGCGAGAGCGCCCCCUUCUUCCCCGGCUUCGGGGACCCAGCGACAGCGAUGGCUCCGGUGUCUGGUUCGCGCAGCCCGGAGAGGGAGGCCUCGGGCUCCAGGGUGAAGCGUCGCAGUUCGUCGAAGAGCCCUAAGCCCAGCAAAUCCACCCGCUCCCCGCGGGGCCGCCGCUCUCGCUCGCACUCUUGUUCUCGGUCUGGGGAUCGGAAUGGCCUCAGCCAUCAGCCGAGUGGCCUCAGCCAAGGCUCCCGAAACCAGCCCUACCGCUCCCGCUCGCGGUCACGCUCUCGAGAGCGGCCCUCUGCGACGCGGGGCACCCCCUUCGCUUCUGCCUCCUCGUCCGCCUAUUAUGGCGGCUAUUCACGCCCCUACGGGAACGACAAGCCGUGGCCUAGCCUCUUGGACAAGGAGAGGGAGGAAAGUCUGCGACAGAAGAGAUUAAGCGAGAGAGAGAGGAUUGGAGAAUUGGGAGCUCCUGAAGUAUGGGGACUUUCUCCAAAGAAUCCAGAACCAGACUCUGAUGAACAUACACCGGUAGAGGAUGAGGAACCAAAGAAAAGCACCACUUCAGCUUCUACUUCAGAAGAAGAACAGAAGAAGAAGAAGAAGUCCAGUCAUUCAAAAGAAAGGUCCAGGAAAAGAAGAAAGAAAAAAUCAUCUAAAAGAAAACACAAGAAGUAUUCUGACGAUAGUGACAGUGACUCUGAUUCUGAAACAGACUCCAGUGAUGAAGAUACAAAAAAGCGAUCAAAGAAAACCAAGAAAAAGGAAAAGAAGAAGAAACGCAGAUCGAAGAAACACAAGAAAAAGAAGUCUAAGAAAAACAGAAAAGAUUCCAGUGAUUCAAGCUCUAAAGAUUCCCAAGAAGAGUUUCUGGAAAAUCCCUGGAAGGAUCGAUCAAAGCCUGAAGAACCCUCAGAUUUAAUUGGCCCAGAGGCUCCAAAGACACUUGCCUCUCAAGAUGAUAAACCUCUGAACUAUGGCCAUGCUCUGUUACCUGGUGAAGGUGCAGCUAUGGCUGAAUAUGUAAAAGCUGGAAAACGUAUCCCACGAAGAGGUGAAAUUGGUUUGACAAGUGAAGAAAUUGCAUCAUUUGAGUGCUCGGGUUACGUAAUGAGUGGUAGCAGGCAUCGCCGAAUGGAGGCUGUGCGACUACGAAAAGAGAACCAGAUCUAUAGUGCUGAUGAGAAGAGAGCUCUUGCAUCCUUUAACCAAGAAGAGAGACGAAAGAGAGAAAACAAGAUUCUGGCCAGUUUUCGAGAGAUGGUAUACAGAAAAACUAAAGGGAAAGAUGACAAAUAAGGAUUUUUGGCUUGUUCAGCAGACAUUUUUAACAGAAAGUCUGGGUUUUAUAUAUACAUACAAAAAGAUUGUUAUGAUCUGAAAAGCUUUACAGUGCUACUGUGCCUUCUAUUUAAUUCUUUCGAUCUUUCAAUAAAAAGCUGCUUAUUGAUACAACAUUAGCAAGUUCUUUGGGUUAUUUUGGAUUGACCAUAAAACUUUACGGUUUAAAAAUCCAAAUUAUGAACGAAAUCCAACUGUUUUGGGGGAGGUGACAUUGAGAGAAAAGGUCAGUGAGAUGAGAAACUUAACUCUCACACCAUGGGACAGUGCUACUCGUAACUCCACACAACACCCGCCCCCACCCCAGCCGAACUGGUGGAAAUUAUCACUCCUCUAUGUUGAAUGUGUUAUAAAUGGACUUGAUAGAAAAAUACAGGAGGCCAGCUUUGUUAACACAAUGAAGGCAUUGCUGAUAAAAGCAAAUCUGGACUUUGAAGGUUGACUUUUCUUAUACAAUAUAUAGUCUGCCCUGCAAAUAAUGUAUUUUGGUUUUAGUCCCUGAUGAACCCACAAACCAACAAACAAACCAAAAAGCAAACUAACCCACAGACUUGUUGAAUUGAAAAUG